AUGGAAAAAGACAGUUUCCAGCAGUUAGAACUAGAGAAGGGUAGACCUUCCAAAAGGGGGACUCCCAAAAGAGUUAUCCAUUUUGUUGAUGGUGACAUCAUGGAAGAAUAUAGCACAGAGGAAGAGGAAGAAAAAGAGGAACAGAGAACAAAUUCAACACUUGAUCCUUCUAAACUUUCAUGGGGGUCCUACCUAUGGUUUUGGGCAGGGCGAAUAGCAAGGACCUCAUUUUCUACAUGUGAAUUCCUUGGUGGAAGAUUUGCUGUCUUCUUUGGUCUUAAUCAACCCAAAUACCAGUAUGUGUUAAAUGAGUACUAUAGAACACAAAGUAAGGAAAGUGACAAGGAAAGUGAAGGGAAUGGAUCAAAGGCCCAAACAGCCAAUGUUCCCAAUGAAAAGUGUCACCUGGAGGCUGGGGGCCAAGAGUAUGGAACGAGACGACAGGACAUUGCCGAGGGCAUUCCUCAGGGGAGUAUCUCAUCCAGCGAGGGCCUGAUGGCAGAUUCCAGCUCCUAAUGGGCAGCGGGGCUAUAGUUCCCCUGGCUCUCUCUUCCUCAGUCAUUGAUUACCAAGGCACCAGCACCACAGGUAGCACUUCUGAGCCAGAUCUGAUCUUAAUCUCCUUGUGAUUUAUUCUCCAAUAGCCAGGAAGUGUAAACAAUCAUAAGAACAAUUGUGGAUUCUUUCUCAAUGUAAAUUUUUAUUUAUAAGCCCAGCAACCCAACUCCACCCCAGUGAUAUAAGUCCUGUCAGUCAGUUGUGGGCUACUAGUAUUGACGUUUGCACAGUAGUAUAAAUGCCUUAAGGAACUUGGGCACAGGAGUUUUAGGCUGAAACUCUUUGUCACAUGGCAAGGGUAUAGAAAAGGACCUUCUGUUCCUCAAAAGAAACUCUGGGCAUUAUGAAGUCUAAAUCCUUUCAGGGUUUGACAUAAGCCGUGUCCUUCCCAAUAGCUCUGUUGGCUUACUUGGGGCUUGCUUUGCAAUAAGCAAACAUUGCUAAUAACUCUGCUUCAACAUAGCAGUCUUUGAGAGUUGGGUGCA